AUGAUGUCGGGUAGAAAAGUAUAUACAGACGAUGAGUUGGUCGCAAUUCUUGAAGGAAACGAUGACGAUGGACGUAGUAGCGGGAGUAGCUUGGAGGAUUCAUCUGAGGACGAUGAUGAAGAUUAUGAAGCCCUUGAAGGUGAAGUCCAGACAAAUGGCAAUGAAGAUGAUGACGUACUUGAAGCGGGUGUUCAAGAGGCACAAGGAGAAAGGAGCUGGUCAGAACCAUCAUGUGAUCUUUUCAAUUUUGAUUGCAACAAGACAAACGCAGUUUCUCAACAUUGUUUGAUGCUCUUAGAGCACACCGAAAAAACACCGCUAGAUUUUUAUAAUCUCUUUCUUGAUGAUGAGAUUAUGGAUCUAAUUGUCUCCAAUACAAACCUCUAUGCCACCCAGGAACUUUGUAAGCUCAUUGCGCGAGAAGAAAUUACUACUGGGAGUAGAUAUAAUGCUUGGACUGAUACAAACAGGGAGGAAAUGAAAAUCUUCAUCGCGUUUUUACUAUGGAUGGGACUAGACCGAAAACCCGAAAUUCGCGACUAUUGGAAGAAACAUAUUCUGUACAAAAAUGAUGUCAGUUGCUAUAUUAGUAGAAAUAGGUUUGAAUUAUUGUUGGGAUUCAUCCACUUUGCUGAUAAUGAAAUGGCAUCUCCAGACAACAGACUGUACAAAAUCGAACAUUUACUCCGCUUGCUGAACAACAAAUUUUCCAUAAUGUUUGAACCUGGAGAAAAAAUUACCAUAGAUGAGUCGAUGAUUCCGUUCAGAGGGCGAGUAAAAUUUCGCCAAUACAUUCCAAGUAAGCGCCACAAGUAUGGUUUGAAGGUUUACAAAGUGUGUCUGUUGGGUGGAUACACUUGGCACGCGAAAGUAUACACAGGAAAAGCCUCUUCUGGAAAUCUCACUGUUACCACUAGAACUACUAUGGAACUGAUGGAGCCAUUGUUGGACCAAGGGAGAACCCUGUUUACUGAUAGCUUUUAUACAAGUGUUGAAUUGGCAGAAGAACUUUUGAAAAGAAAAACCCAUUUACUCGGUACCCUUAGAGUGAAUAGAAAACAUAACCCACAUGGAGUUACCAAAGCAAAACUUAGGCGAGGGGAUAUGAAAUAUUUGCAACAUAGUGAGAAAAAAAUCAUUAUUGGAAAAUGGAAGGACAAAAGAGAUGUCCUUUUCUUGACUACAAAACAAGUGCCGCAUUUAGUGGAGAUUGAAAGCAGAGGAGGAAGAAGAAUGCAAAAACCUUCGACCAUAGUGGAUUACAAUUCUGCUAAAGGUUAUAUAGAUUUGUCAGACCAGAUGGCAGGUUACUGCAGUCCACUGCGUAAAGGCCUCAAAUGGCAUAGAAAACUUGCAUUUGAUCUCCUAACAAACACCGCAGUUGUAAACAGUCACAGAUUGUAUACACUGGUGGUAAGGAAAAAAAUAACAAUUGUCCGGUUUAGGGAGGAAAUCGUGACAGCAAUAUUGGAAAAUCUAAGAACCUUAGAUGAGCAGGCACUGCUGACUCCCCAACAACUACAUCAUAAACACCGAUUGACUGAAAAUCGCCCAAAAAGAGGACGUUGCGUGGUUUGCUACGACAAGUUCCAAAAGCAAUUCGACUCAAAGAAGGCCACAACACUCAGCAAACAAGUUAAAACCUCAUGUGUUUCAUGCACACAUAAGUUUAUGUGCAUUGAUUGUUUUUUUCUAACACACAACUGUGUGCCAAGCAAACGAUAA